AUGACCCUUCAGUGGCUUGCAAUAACUGCCAUAUACUUUGAGUACGGGCAGGCCUUUCGGUCAGGCCUAGUGGACGAUCUCAAGGAUGCGUACUGCACCACUCCGACGCCCCUCAUCUUUGAUGGCCGCCUCUCCACCGGCCAUCCCCCUGUAGACGAUCAGAUUUGCGCUCUCGUAGCAUUCUUUCGACAUGCAACGACAGAUCAAGAGUGUCUGACUACACUUGUCUAUGUCCUUGGAAACCUAGCCGUUCCUGCGAUAUUCUUACUUGUCGAGCCAUGUCGACAACCGAGGAUAACAGGAAUCCUGAAACAACAGCAACCUCCAGCGAUAUCCUUCCAACGGUUUCUCGCAUAUCCAACGAUACUUGGCUUGAUGUAUCAAGCUGUCUCGAUGGGACCGACGAUGAGUAUUUAUUGGAUGCUUUUUAUACAGUCAACCCGUAUUCAAGAACGACCGCUGUAUGUGAGUCGGGCUGACGCUGAAGGGAUAAUCACAGCGAUCACGGCAGGGAUGUUCCUGCCUACGUUCGCCAUGAUUGUUUCUGCGCAGCCAAUAUUCACCUGGCUCUGGCAAAUAUUCCCUGUCCUUGUUUGGGGAAUACACCGUGGUUACGUCCGUAUCGCCCUCCGCCCAUGUGGGGCGAAGAAUCAGCAAAUGGGGAACACACUCAUUCACGACCUCUUCGUGUUCGUAUUCUUGAUGUGUUGGGUACUUCAUGCCAUGGUGGUGUACCCAAUCAUCAUGGACAUAGAUGCGUUGAAGGCGAUCGUCAUCCCCUCUGUAGCGAACCUUCCGCCAACCGUGUCAAUAGGAAGAAGAAUUGCUGAUUUUCUAAAAUGGGACGGUGCAAUAGGGAUGCUUUCCACGAUGCUGGGUUCUUUAUGGUUUACAACUACGCGGCGAGAAACGCUGGGGAUGAUGGGCUGGUAUAUGCUAACUGUUCCUCUUGUGGGACCGGGUUCCGCUGUUGCUGGCGUGUUGAUUUGGAGAGAGAAACGUCUGUCGUAG